GGUGUGGAGUUUCUGCUCACUGUCUGGGCAUAGCUUAGGCUGCUGGAGUUCUGUUGCAUAUGCCGGGUGGAGGGUGUAGGCAGCAGGGGUGGUGCUCUGCUCUGUUGGCUGUUGUUUUGGCAGGGAGGGGGUCCCAGUCUCUGGCUGUUUUUAGAAGGUGCGGUGUGGUUCAUCCAUGGUCUGGGUAGGUGCUGCCUUGCUCUGUUGCUUCUAGGAGGGUUGUUGGUGUUGCGGUUUAGAGCAACAUCUUUUAAUUUCUUUGCAAAGAUGGGGACAGAUGCUCUGUAUAGGUGUACAUGGUCAUAGAGGCAUGUGAGGUCCAAGGUGGGAUGAUGUGCCAGUUGCACUUGAGGUUUGAGUGCACAAGUUCUAGAGAGUUUUGCAUUUACUUGUUGAAUUGCGUCUGGGUGGAAGUCUUUCCGUGGUUGCAGUGUCGAGAUGGUGAUUUUGGCAUUUGGGAAGGUGGUUGUAGCUUUUUCGAUUACCCUCUCUAGUGCUGUGGCCACUCUUUCUUGUUGUGCUCUCUCUCUCUUUCUCUCCCUCUCUCUCUCUCUCUCUCUCUCCGCAAACUUGCGUGACGUUAAAGCGCAAUGUAAUAUGACCUGUCACGUUUGUUAUUUACCGUUCAGUUGGAUCCAAAAUUGGUUGACUUCUUCAUCUUUGUUUAUUUUCGAUUAACGAUAUACAAACAAUAUGUGCAGUGGUUAAAGAGCAGCCUAGCCUGUGUGACUUGACUACUUUCAUGUUGUAUUUCCUGUUUUUGGCCAAAGUGUUCUAGUGGGCGUGACCUGCCUGAAACGCCUGGCGUAACCACACCCCCACAAAUCUACCCGACGUUCCAAAUAUGGUAAUAAACGUCACAUCUCCGUCACACGCUUGCAGUAUUCGACCAAUCACUACACACUGGUUAACUGGCCAAUCAUAGCGCACCUUGCUUUUCAGAGCGAAGAGUUUUGAAAAAAUCAGCACGUUUCAGAGAGGCGGGGCAAAGAGGAGAUACAAACAUACACCGUAUGUGGAAAAUAAGGUGUUUUAUUUUACCUUAAAUUGUGUAGACACAUUGCAUUACAUCUAAAACCUAUUUUCUACACUCUAUGGAUAAAAGUUUUACAUAAUACACAACUCGGAAGUUUUCACCAAUAAAAUGUGUAACACUACGUUUUAGGAAAUUAUAGGCCUAUGUAAUAUAAGUCAGAUUUAUUUUUUUGUUCUUUAUUUGUAUUGUACCAAAGCAGCUGAACCCAAAAAAGCAAAAUCCUAAAAAACGGGUAAUCAGUCCGCUAAAAUACCAUCGAUUACUGCACUUUGACUAUAAAAAACAUAAUUUGUUUUUGUGAGAUGUAGUGCAGCGUCAUGAAUUAUCUUAGUCAUUUUGUGAGAUUGAGACUUUCCAUUGACUUUGUCAUUGGGAAGUCUUUAUCAAAAAUCAGCUUGCAGACAUAUCUGCUCUACAAAUGUCUCUCAAACAAGAACCAGGAAAUGUGAUAUUCCUUUCAGAGAAACUGAAGUGUUGUCGACGUGUCACAGUAAUGUGCCUCUUUGUCUGUGUGUGCUUUCGGUAAAAUGGCAGAAGACAGUUUCUCAACAAAGCAGUUCAGCUGUCAAGUGUGUCUGGAUCUACUGAAGGAUCCAGUGACCGUUCCCUGUGGACACAGUUACUGUAUAACUUGUAUUACAGACUGCUGGAAUGAAGAUGAACUGAAAGGAAUCUACAGCUGCCCAGAGUGCAAACAGACCUUCACUCCGAGACCUGCCGUGAAUAGAAACUCCAUGCUGACUAUAGUGGUGGAGAAACUGAAGAAGAAAACACACCAAGCUGAUGUUUCCGCUCAGUGUUACGCUGAUCCUCAGGAUGUGGAGUGUGAUGUCUGUAUUGGCAGAAAAUACAAGGCUGUCAAGUCCUGUUUGAUGUGUCUGAACUCCUUCUGUAAAAAUCACCUUGAACAACAUGAGAAUCUCUUUAAAGGAAAGAGACACAAGCUGAUGGAUGCCACUGAGAGAUUCCACAAGGUGAUCUGCCUUAAACAUAAUAAAGAGCUGGAAAUCUACUGCCGUACUGACCAGCAAUGCAUUUGUUACCUGUGUACGAUGGACAAUCACAAAACCCACGAUACUGUUGCAGCUGUAGCUGAGAGGACAGAAAAACAGGAGACACAGAAAAAGUUCCAGCGGAGAAUCCAACAAAGAGAAAAAGAUGUUCAGGAGUUGAAAGAGAAUCUGAAGUCUCAUAAAGUCUCUGCACAGACGGCACUGGAGGAUUGUGAGAGGAUGUUUACAGAACUAAUCUUAUCCAUUGACAGAUGCCGCUCUGAGGUGAUACAGCUGAUCAGAGAUCAGGAGAAGGCUGCAGUGAGUCGUGCUGAAGGAGUCUUGGAGCAUCUGGAGCUGGAGAUUGAUGAUCUAAAGGGGAGAGAUGCUGAGCUGGAGCUGCUUUUACAGGCGGAUGAUCAUAUUCAUUUUCUUCAGAGUUUCCAGUGUUUCUCUCAUGAACCUUCAGACUCACCAAACAUUACUGUCCGUUCUUUUCACUUGUUUGAUGAUGUGAGAAUGACUGUCGGUCACCUCAAAGAUAAACUGCAGGAUAUCUGUACAGAGGCGAUUGAAGAGAUAUGCAAAAGAGAUUCUAUUUUUACUCGGACAAAUGUGUUUGAAAGUAGAGGGGGAAUACUCAAUAAAGCAAAGGAGAGUAUUGAGGAAAAAGUGUCCUUGCCAAAGCUCCUCCACCUGGAGGUGAAGUCUGGGGAAGAGGACGAGGAGGUCCUGUUUAAAGGGAGGACCAAACUCUACUGGUUUGACCAUGAUCUCAGCCAGUGGAAGGAGCGUGGAGUGGGAGACAUCAAAAUCCUCUUCCACCGAGAAAAGAAGUCCUACCGUGUACUCAUGAGAAGAUAUCUGGUUCUCACAGUGUGUGCCAAUCACAUCAUUACCAAAACCAUUGAGCUGAAACCCAUGAACACCUGCGCCAGUGCACUGGUGUGGACGGCUACUGACUAUGCAGAUGGAGAUGCUAAAGUAGAACAAUUUGCAGCGAAGUUUAGAACUCAAGAUCAGUCCAAAUCCUUCGCACAAACUUUCACAGACUGCCAGAGUCGAAUGUCGCAGGCAGACUUCUCACAGAUGUCCAUAGCUGAGGGACAUUCAAGAGAGACCAACCCUGUGGUGUACUUUAGCAUCGCUGUAGAUGAUGAGCCAUUCGGACGGAUCACAAUGGAGCUUUUCUCUCAUAUUGUUCCAAAAACAUCCGAAAACUUCAGAGCUCUGUGCACUGGAGAAAAGGGCUUUGGAUUCCACAACUCGGUUUUCCACAGGACUGUUCCUGACUUUAUGUGUCAGGGGGGUGAUAUCACCAACCGUGAUGGAACGGGGGGGAAAUCCAUCUAUGGUGUGGAAUUUGAAGAUGAGAACUUUGUCGUGAAGCACACAGGACCAGGGCUGCUGUCCAUGGCCAAUCGUGGAAGAGAUACAAACACCUCUCAGUUCUUCGUUACCCUCAGUAAAGCAGAGCGGUUAGAUUUUAAACAUGUUGCCUUUGGCUUUGUCAAAGAUGGCAUAGAUGUUUUGAAAAAGAUAGGAGACCUGGGAACUAAGACAGGAAAACCUACUAAAAAGAUCAUCAUCAUAGAUUGUGGACAGUUGUGAAGUAGUUUUUGUCUAAAUGCUACUUACCAUCUUUGAGACAUAAGAAUCUAUUUCUUCAUA